GUGGUAAUGUUUGUGGUUUAAUUUGAUAAGGAUUGUAAAAUGAAAUUAGUAUAAAAGAAUCUUUAAAUCGUCCAAUGCCUAGUAUUCUCAGCACAGUUAUAAGAAAGUGAAGAACCUAAUUAAACAAAAAGAAAUUAAAUUAAAAUGAAAUGUUUUAAUUUAGUCAUUGGCAUUAUUAUCAUACAGUGUUUAGCACUGUUUGAUGUUAGCUGGGGUCAUGGCAUGAUGUUAAGUCCUCCGGGUAGAUCUUCUCGUUGGCGUUAUGAUAAGACAGCUCCAGUUAAUUAUAAUGAUAAUGCCAAUUAUUGUGGUGGUUUUGGGGUACAAUGGUACACAAAUGAUGGUAAAUGCGGUUUGUGUGGUGACAAUUACAGUGAUCCUACUCCCAGAGCUAAUGAGCUGGGUGGUAAAUAUGGUGGCUCCGGUGUUAUAGUGCAAACCUAUGAAAAUACCUACACUGCUAAUGUAGGUGUACAAAUAACUGCCAAUCAUUUGGGUUAUAUUUAUUUUGAAUUGUGUAAUUUGGAUGAAUUUCAUACCGAGUCGGAGGAUUGUUUCCAAAAGUAUCGCCUAAAGUUUGCUGAUGGUAGUGAUAAGUUCUUUAUUGGCACUACUUUGGGCUGGAUUGAAUCCACAGUUGUUUUGCCCUCGGGUUUAAGCUGUGAACAUUGUGUAUUACGAUGGACCUAUCGUGCUGGCAAUAACUGGGGCAUGUGUGAGAAUGGCACUGGUGCAAUGGGUUGCGGUCCUCAAGAACAUUUCCUCUCUUGUGCUGAUAUUCGUAUUAAGGCACCCAAUACAAGAUCAAAGGUAAUCACUUUGAGAAAAGAACAAAUAGAAUCUGAAGAAGAAGCUGAAAUUCCCAUUGUGUUGGAUAAUUGAAGGGAUUUCGAAGGAAAAGUUUUGAAAAGAACAAAUAUUUUAAUCAGUAUUAUGUAUUAAAUGGAUAUUAAAUGUAAAUAAACUUGUAUUUCGUUGUCUUGUCUGCAGAAA